GAAUUUGGACUUUUUGACUAGACUUCGACUCGACAUUCCCACACACCCUGCAGAUCACAGAUCAUACGGCACGGUGCACUUCCACUUUCCCCUUACCGUAACAUUCCUUACAGUGGUCUAGCGAGAAUAACUCCUGCUGGAUACCGGGACCGGGAGGGGAGGGAGAGGGCCUUUCUCGCUUCGCUUCGGGUGGUAACACGUGUGCGUGUGUUAGUCUGACUUAUCGGAAGGGUUUGGGAAGGGUUGGGACACGUCGGGGUAUUUUUAUUUCCCAUUUUCCCCGAUAAGUUACCGUACUCGUACAAUAUCCUCGCGCACGUUUCACUACUCGAGUGCUGUACUCGAGUGCUGUACUCGAGUACUCGUACAAUAGUAUUUUGGGAUUUGAAAGGAGGGAAGGGAAGGAAGGAAGGAAGCAAGGGAGAGAAGGGGAAAAGGAAAUUUGGGACGCGCUGGUCUAGAAUAGCAACUUACCGUUACGGUAGCACCAGGAAGCAAGCUUUUUCAGGUGCGUUUUGCUUUUUGAUUCUCACUCUCUCCGAGCCUUGAUGCCCGUUUCCAAACCUCCCCUCAGCCGGCUCGGCCUAAGGAAGGACUGGGCUUAACACUCUUUUCCCUGUUUUCCACCCCCCCAAUCUUGUGCUUGCUUGGUCUUUCAUUACCACUCCACUACCUACUAUUCCUCCCACAAAUUACGAAAAUAAUAAUUUAUUUACACAAUCGUUUAUUUCUUUUCUCUUACUUUUCAUUUUCUUCCUCCAAGGUUUUUUUAGGGGCCUUAGGGUUUGCGGUAUGCUUUUGGGACCUGACGCUUAAUUCAUAUUUCUUAGUUUGUCAUCACUGCGGCUCCGGGCUUGGAAUAAAGGGUGAGGGAGAAGAAGCUCAAGAAGAAGGGGGAAAGUGAAGUGAGGGAAGGAAGGAAGGAACAGCAACCCAAUGGACAACCUCCGCGAAAUACUAGUCUCAGAGAUUAUCGGUUUAAAAAGUUUACUACGCCUGAACGCCGAUGGGGUCGGUGAUGAUGACGAUCUCGUCGCGCAGUUGACGAGAACACGCAUAUCUCUUGAGAAGUUCUCUACGGAGCUUCUAGGCUCGACCCGGAGCACGGAUGUUGUCACACCGGAUACGCUCCCUUCCAGCCUUUCCUCCUCGCCGACUCGCUCGAGCUCGAGUUUGAAUUCGAAUCGGAGUAGUACUACUACUGCAGCUUCACUUGAUGACUGCACGCCCUCCGGAGGAGGAUUGGAGGAAGACGACGCUUUCCUCCGUCUAAGCUCACUGCUAGCGGGCUUGCAAGCACAAGCCGAAGCAGCUGUGUCAUCCGGCUUUUCAACAAGCGCUCCCACAACACCUCUGGUCCGCGCAUUCGUGGACUCGGAUUCCAAUAGUUCCGGGGACGAGGAUGCCGCCAUCUCCCCAGGAGUGUUGGGGAGCAGCGGGGAAGUUAGGCGGAAAUGCGAACUAACAAGAACCCUCUCCCUUCCACACCCCUUCCUAGCACCGGCGCCACGGAGGCUCCGGAAAGCUGCGACUAUCGGGGUCUCGCUUCACGAGGAGGCUGCUUCUACUGCGAGCGGUGGUAAAGAUCGGAAUAACCCGACUGUGAAUAUAACCCCAGUGCCAGAUUCCCCUCCAUGGAACGGAGCCGGGGGUGAUACGGGCUUCCCGCUGACACCCCCUCCUUCCCUGCGCCGCAGGGGAAAGGCGGAGAGUCGCCAUAGACCCACACUGUCGGAUGUGUUCGACGUUCCAAGCCCAACGCCCACCCCGGAUCGGAGGAAUUCCUGGUUGCCGAAGGAGUUGGAGAUCGAUGGGCUUUUGACCGAGUUCUUGGAGGGUAGGGAGGGGGUUGAGAUGGGAUUUCGAUGGGUCUGGGUGUAUUUGCUUGGCGGGGGGAUUGUAUGGGCUUUUGUGGGGUGGUUACUAAGUUGGGGGUGUGUGGAGUGCGCGGCUAAUUGCGAGUUGGGGAGGUGA